GCUGUGGCUGUGACUAACUGCACAGAGUGGCAGUUUCCUUGGCUAAUUGGAUUGUGUAUCUGCUUGGCCAUUCUGCUCCUCAUCAUGCUUAUAGUUAACAUCUUUUUGUGCUCGUCUCUAACUUGCUCUUGCACCAAAACUGAGGUAGUGGACAAAGAACCCUCUGAGAUGGAGGAUUAUGAUCCCUACAGAGUGGGAUGGGCUUCUAGCUCCCAUUAUGGUUCCCGUACCUCUCUAAACAAGCCUUACAUGUCAGGGGGAUCUACCAUGAACUCCAUCCCCCAUUCGAUCGGGUCGGGCAGUGAUCACUAUGCUAUCGUUCACUCAAGACCAAACAGUAGGUAUUCUCAUCAUUCCAGCCGAGAUCACCUUCACCAAGGUCCUGGAUCCACCAUCUCUAAUGGCCAGUACUCUUCGAGAAUGUGAACCAGAGGGUAUUUUAUCAUUUGGAGCCAAACUUGCCUUCAAAGUACUCACUAGUUCCAAGUGGUUUUCUUACUCAAGUCUUGAUUUUUGGUUUUGAAACGUUUUCUUAUAGAAAAUCUAAAAAGAGUACAAUAUAAUACCUGUUAGUAAUGCAGAUUAUACUGACUAGAAUUACAGGACAACAAGAUGCAGGUUUGUCAGAUCAGGUUUGUCAUCUUUCACUUCAUUCAGUGAUGCUUAUUCAGGAGAAGCAAUAUUCACUCAUUAUAUAAGAAACUUUAUGUAAAUUCACCCAAUGUUCUAAUGGUAGUGGUUAGCAUUUACUAAUCUUAUCGUAUUAGAAGCUGUAAACCUGUGUGGUUAACAUUUAC